CGCGCGCCCCGCUGCAUGGAGACCAUGCCCUGCCACAACCAGCCGUUGGGCGCGGCGGGCGGCCCGCGGCAGCAGGAGGACCAGCCGGCGGCCGGGGCAGGGGGCGGCUGUGGUAGCACCCGGCUGAUCCGCUUCGCGGAGCCCGGCCCCGACAGCAGCCCCAGCCCGGACAGCGGCAGCAAUGGGGUCCCACCCCCGGAGCCCGGGCCGCAGCCGCUGCAGAUCGGAGCCCAGCUCAAGCUGCUGCCCAUGAACGACCAGAUCCGCGAGCUGCAGACCAUCAUCAGGGACAAGACAGCCAGUAGAGGGGACUUCGUAUUUUCUGCUGAUCGUCUGAUCAGACUUGUGGUUGAAGAGGGAUUAAAUCAGCUACCAUAUACAGAAUGCACAGUGACCACUCCAACAGGGUACAAGUAUGAAGGAGUGAAAUUUGAGAAGGGAAACUGUGGAGUCAGCAUAAUGAGAAGUGGAGAGGCAAUGGAACAAGGCUUACGGGAUUGCUGCAGAUCCAUCCGAAUAGGAAAAAUCCUGAUACAGAGCGACGAAGAGACCCAGAGAGCCAAAGUGUACUAUGCCAAGUUUCCACCAGACAUUUACAGGAGAAAAGUUCUUCUCAUGUACCCAAUACUGAGCACUGGCAAUACUGUCAUUGAAGCUGUAAAAGUUCUUAUAGAACAUGGCGUUCAACCAAGUGUCAUUAUCCUGCUAAGCCUAUUCUCCACACCUCAUGGUGCCAAAUCUAUCAUCCAGGAGUUCCCAGAGAUCACAAUUUUAACUACAGAAGUUCAUCCUGUUGCACCAACACACUUUGGACAGAAGUAUUUUGGAACGGACUGAGACACUUAACACAAAUUGGUUAUGUCAAUAUGUUGCUGUAUGAUAUUACAAUGGUGUUUUUUCUACGUUUUAUUAUUUGUAGCAGGGCUGGCUGCAGGCAUAUUUAAAAUCUUUUUUGGUCAGAGGGGAAAAAUAUUUUACUUACAUUCAUUUUGUUUGGUUACUUUCUGAAAAUUGAAUCAAAUGCAAUAAUGAAGCCCAUUCAAUUAUUAUAAACUAAAGGCCCUUUAAUGUGCUUUUGGAAAUUGCUACACACUCAGUGCUUUAACUUAUUUAUUCUUUCAUAACCCUGUACUGUAGCUCUUUGCAAUAGCAAAAUAAAAUCAUGCUGUAAAGCAUGCAACGUACAUUUCAUUUUAUGUUGGUAUAGUUUGCAUUGUGCUGGUGUAGUCAUUACAGCUUAUUUUAAUAAUUCAAAAAUCAUGAAGGCACUUGGAACUCUGCAUAGACAUUAGCACCAGAGGUAGAUUUCUGGCCCUUGGAUGGUGCUCACAGACAUGAAUUUCAACUCUUUUUAGGUCACUGUGUUCUCUAUGGACUAAUUCCACAUAGUAAAACAUUUUGUAGGUGCCUCAUUAAGCUCUGUGGUACUAAAAAAUAAAGAAACCUUCCACCAUAAUCCACUCGCCACUGUAGUGAAAAUGCUCAAAUGGCUACUGCUGAAGAUGGCAACAGUACGGUCUUCAAAAAAAUCUCUCUAUAAAAUACUUAGCAAUUGUGCCUUAUUAAAACGCUUAUGUGUUAAGCUACAUACGUGUUGUAAUUAUUAGCCAUUUUAAAGAUAAGUAAACUGUCAGAUGAAGUGAUGCCUGGUUUCUAGCCCUGUCUACCAGCCAGCAUUCCUAAGCAAGGGGUUUAUAUUGGUACCCAUCUUGCAUUUUAUGUCUAGUAAUUAGGUCUAAAUGCUUCUUAAACCCAUGCUAAAACUCUGAAACAGUUUAAAUGUCGUUCUAGCUUUUUGGUAUAUAAUUUUUACUGUAAAAUAUUUAAGUCCCUCAGCUUCAAGUUCACAACAAAAUAGGGUCUUGUCUUACUGUAAUUUUUUGGACUACCUAGCGCGAACAGUUUAUUCUGGAAAGAGAAGCAAAAAAAGUUGUUUGUCGCAUAAGUGAUAGCAACUGGAUUGCCUGCUUGUAAAACUUGUACCUCACCUUAACAUGGUACUUAAUAUCCUUCAAAAGAUAUCCCAACACUUAAAUGCUGUAGGGUGGUGUACUGGUAAACUUCCUGCCUGUAAAAGGGUGGAAGGCAAGUUCUCCUCAAAAAGACAAGCUGGUGCAGGUAUCCCUUCACCAGGGCAAAGGAGGCAGGAAUUGAGCUUGUCACUUGAGAUCUUCUCAAACCUCUCCUAGGUGGGACUGGGCUAUCACAUCCUCCUAUCCCCAGACAGCUGUUUCAGGCUUACAAGACCUUUCCUGUGAAAUGGUGCUCUGGACUAACUUAUGGCCAAUAAUCAACAUCAAUGUAAAGAUAAAACAAUUUUAAUGCAGUUCUUUACUGCAGUACAGUAUAAACCAUGCGAUUCUCUAGUAAAAAAACAAAUAGUAGAAAACAAUGCAUAAUAUACAGUAUUCAAACCAUAAAAACACCUUGAAAGUGCUACUGAAACUUACUUACACAUCAAAUAUAGAGAAUGUUUGUUGGCCAAUAAAAAUGGUGGUUUGUACAGAAAGUUUUUGUAAAAAUCCAUUUGACACUAAAAACCAACGCCAGCAUCGCUAAUAAAAACUCUUGAAACUGCGCAAAAACA